AUGAUGGAUGACAAUGUUGUGCCUUCAAGCAUAAUCAAAUUACUAUAUGAUAAAAGUUAGGAUAAGAAACAAUAAGGAUGUUAAUAAUUAAGAUUAUUAGUUCAAUCUUAUGCAAUAAAUGGAAAAGAAUUGUUAAUUAAAUAAAUAAUAGAAACUUUAAAAAUAAAAUUUACAACUUCAUCUUAAUUGUACUUAAAAAGAUAGGGAAUGUAUGCAAUAUAAACGGUGGCAGAAAUAUUAGUGAAAGAAGUAAUUGGAAUAUUGAUAAAUAGUAUCCAUAAUUAGCUGAGAGAUGCGUUAAAGAUUUAACAUCACCAAUUUUAGAAUGUUUAAAUGAUAAAGAAGAUAAGGCUAGAUAAUAUGCAGUUGAAUGCUUACUACAAUUAACAAAGAUAAUGAGAACAAUGAUACUUUUGAAUUUUAAUGAGAUAUUUGAUUAUUAAUUAGGUAGAUCAGCAGAAUAAGAUAGUUAAAUUGUUUAAGCAAUGCUUUUGUUGGAUGCUCAACUAAAAACUCAAGUAUAAAUAGCUGUUUAGGAGAAACUUAAUGACCCUGGAAAACAAUGCUAUUUUAACUUAAACUCUUUUAUGAUUUAGUUAUAAAGUAAAUUGAAGACAAGAGUAACUUAUGUUAGAUAAUUUCUACUUGGAUGGAUUAAAGUUUUAAAUCAAUGUCAUAAUAAUGAUUUAUACAUUUAUUUUCCAAUGAUUUUAGAAGGUAUAUUUAUGAUGUUAGGAGAAUCAAACAAGUAAAAUAAAACAAUACAAUUAGGGAAGUUCGAAGUGGUGCUGAUGUUUAAGCUAAUGAAUUCAUGAAAUAAGUAGAAGUCAAAGUUAACGUAGAUUAGAAAGUUAAUGAAUAAAUUAUUGAGAUUUUACUUAAAAUUUGUUAAAUGAAAGGAAAUCAAAAUAAUUAUGCUAAAUUAAAUUCUUUGUUAUGGAUAUUUGAAUAUUUAAGAGUAUUUUAAUAAGAGUUAGAAGAGGAACAAAAAGGAAAGUUAGGAUUAUAGCAUUCACCCUCUAAUGCAGUAAGGCCAGAAGAAUAUAUGAGAAGUAAUACAUCUCCUAUUUCUAAAAAUUCAAUGCAAUAAUAUUAUGGAGGAUUCGAAUCACCAUUAAGAAAAACAAUAUUAAACAGUUUAAGUUAAAUAUUAGGUCCAAUCCUUAUUUUACUUUCUCAUGAAGAAGAAGAAAUUAGAAAGGCAGCUUAAAAAACAAAUGAGUUAUUAUUAAAAGUUAUGGAUCGAGUAAAAAAUUAAUCAGUUGAAUUUAUGAAUAUUGUACCAACAAUUAAAGAGAUGCUUACUGAUAAAAAAAACAAUACCGCUGAAUCUGCAUUAAUAUGGAUGAAACACUUAUUAGAAAUAUAUUCUGAGUCACUAUUUCCAACAAUUGAAGAUAUAUUAACAAAAGUAUUUAUUAUUAAAUAUAUAUUUAGUUAAUUGAUAAAUUAGCAGAUUCAGAAUCAGCUAUAGUGUAAAAUAUUAUGGAUGUUUUAGCAAAUAUAUCAAUUCAUAAUCAAUAUUUUGAAAUAGUGAUUGACAAAAUAUUGAUAAUGCUACAUAAGAAUCAAGAUUAAUAAGAAAAGAAAGGGGAUUAAAUAUUUAAGAAACUAUGUUCACUUCUUAAUCCAUAAUAAGUUUAUUUCACAAUAACGGCAAAAUUAUUGGAAAUAUACUCAGAUAAUGAUGUGUUAUUUAUUAGUAAUACUGUUUAAGCGUUAACUAAUUUAUUAAUUUCAGAAAAAGAAUUAUAAAAUCUUAGAAAUAUACUUAGAAAUCUAAAACAUGAAAAAGAUGAAAAAUAAAGGUAGAAUAAUUAAGAAAUAUUUGAGACUCUUUAUAGAACAUUCUGCUAUAAUUCAAUGAGUGUAAUCACUCUAUGUUUAUUAUCUGAAGAAUAUGAAUUGGCUUAUAAUAUUAUUAUUAGUUUUUCAGAAGUGGAAGUCAAUUAAUAUAUUUUAUUAGAAAUAGCUCAAUUAAUUAAUGUUCUAGAAACACCAGUAUUCAUUUGUAAUAUCAAUNUUAGAAGGUAUAUUUAUGAUGUUAGGAGAAUCAAACAAGUAAAAUAAAACAAUACAAUUAGGGAAGUUCGAAGUGGUGCUGAUGUUUAAGCUAAUGAAUUCAUGAAAUAAGUAGAAGUCAAAGUUAACGUAGAUUAGAAAGUUAAUGAAUAAAUUAUUGAGAUUUUACUUAAAAUUUGUUAAAUGAAAGGAAAUCAAAAUAAUUAUGCUAAAUUAAAUUCUUUGUUAUGGAUAUUUGAAUAUUUAAGAGUAUUUUAAUAAGAGUUAGAAGAGGAACAAAAAGGAAAGUUAGGAUUAUAGCAUUCACCCUCUAAUGCAGUAAGGCCAGAAGAAUAUAUGAGAAGUAAUACAUCUCCUAUUUCUAAAAAUUCAAUGCAAUAAUAUUAUGGAGGAUUCGAAUCACCAUUAAGAAAAACAAUAUUAAACAGUUUAAGUUAAAUAUUAGGUCCAAUCCUUAUUUUACUUUCUCAUGAAGAAGAAGAAAUUAGAAAGGCAGCUUAAAAAACAAAUGAGUUAUUAUUAAAAGUUAUGGAUCGAGUAAAAAAUUAAUCAGUUGAAUUUAUGAAUAUUGUACCAACAAUUAAAGAGAUGCUUACUGAUAAAAAAAACAAUACCGCUGAAUCUGCAUUAAUAUGGAUGAAACACUUAUUAGAAAUAUAUUCUGAGUCACUAUUUCCAACAAUUGAAGAUAUAUUAACAAAAGUAUUUAUUAUUAAAUAUAUAUUUAGUUAAUUGAUAAAUUAGCAGAUUCAGAAUCAGCUAUAGUGUAAAAUAUUAUGGAUGUUUUAGCAAAUAUAUCAAUUCAUAAUCAAUAUUUUGAAAUAGUGAUUGACAAAAUAUUGAUAAUGCUACAUAAGAAUCAAGAUUAAUAAGAAAAGAAAGGGGAUUAAAUAUUUAAGAAACUAUGUUCACUUCUUAAUCCAUAAUAAGUUUAUUUCACAAUAACGGCAAAAUUAUUGGAAAUAUACUCAGAUAAUGAUGUGUUAUUUAUUAGUAAUACUGUUUAAGCGUUAACUAAUUUAUUAAUUUCAGAAAAAGAAUUAUAAAAUCUUAGAAAUAUACUUAGAAAUCUAAAACAUGAAAAAGAUGAAAAAUAAAGGUAGAAUAAUUAAGAAAUAUUUGAGACUCUUUAUAGAACAUUCUGCUAUAAUUCAAUGAGUGUAAUCACUCUAUGUUUAUUAUCUGAAGAAUAUGAAUUGGCUUAUAAUAUUAUUAUUAGUUUUUCAGAAGUGGAAGUCAAUUAAUAUAUUUUAUUAGAAAUAGCUCAAUUAAUUAAUGUUCUAGAAACACCAGUAUUCAUUUGUAAUAUCAAUAAAUAUUUAAGUUUUAAGGUUACAAUUAUUAGAGUAUGAUUCUCAUCCUUUUUUAAUGAAGUGUUUGUUUGGAUUGAUGAUGCUUUUGCCUUAAGGACCAGCCUUUAAUACUUUAAGACAUAGACUAAAGAAUGUUUCUAAUGCACAAAUCUAAUCAUUAUAAUAGGAAAAAAAAAUGGAAACAGAAGAGUUCUUGGAUAUUUAAAAAUUACUCACAUAAUUUAGAGAUAUUCGUCUCUAAUGUAUUAAUUAGGAAUCAAAAUAAAAGGAUUUAAAUUGA